AUGUCAGCUUACAAUCCAGUCAAGGAUCUGGGCCUAACCUGUCCCUAUGGCGGAAUCUUCUACAUCUGCGCUGACGAUCCGGAUCGCUUCAUCGGUUGCUGCACCAUCAACCCCUGCGGCACCAGAAAAGGUCUCUGUCCUGAUCAAAGCCUCAGAUCAGCCAGCUUUAACGCGACACUUCAGCAUGAGUUCCUCCCUCAGGCUUGUAUCAAUGACAACGUCGAUGUCAGUUGGUACACCUGCGUUGGAGAGGGACUUCCUUUCCUGGGAUGUUGUGCCGUGGAUCCUUGUUUCCGUGGUGUUUGUCCCCAACGAGAUUUAAGAGCCGCGAAGUUGAGUGACAAGGCCAAGAAUGCGCAGGACUUCCUUCAUGGUGAUCCUGAGUAUAUGCCACGGCCUACGUCUUCUACCCUUGAUCAAGGAUCAGGCGUCUCUUCAGGCAGUCUGUGUGCUAGCUCGACCACUGCAAUGAUGACCAUGAUCUCCAGCUUCAUCACUUCUUUCGCUAUGGAAACAACCAUUGCCACAAUUACAUCUACUACUACCAUGACAAUCUCGCCUCCAGAGGCUCCGGAUGCACCUCCCGCGGUACCCAAAGAGCAUGGCUCGAACCGAAGACUUGGAUGGCUAUCGCUUCUUGUCGUCCCAAUUGUUCUAUUUCUACUUCUAUAUCUUGCGAACCGAUUCAGGGAGAAACUGCCCUGCCUAAAGGGCAGAGAAAAAUCACCCAAAGGAAAACUCGAACCGAGACGUGAACAGAGGCAUGAACAGGAACAACAACACGAGAAACAGCAACAGCAACAGAAGGAGCAUGAACACAGCGCAAACACAGCUCCAUACCCAGAGAACUGUCAGAUGCCCUCAGCUGAAAAUCCCCGGAACAUGAGGGAACAUUCAGUCAUGAACAUCUCCCGAAGAACCCACGAACAACCCCAGAAUAUACAAGGCCAACUGCAAGGGAAUGGCUCUUCUAUUAAAUAA